AUGUCUACAGAAUACGCUGGUGCCAUUGGAAUUGAUUUGGGAACAACAUACUCGUGUGUUGCUGUAUGGGAAAACGAACGAGUUGAAAUAAUUGCCAAUGAACAGGGCAAUCGUACAACACCUUCAUACGUGGCCUUUUCAGAAAAUGAACGUCUUAUCGGAGACGCGGCGAAAAAUCAAGCGGCUAUGAACCCAAAAAACACGGUUUUCGAUGCGAAACGUCUGAUAGGUCGUCGUUUCGACGACCCAGAAGUUAAAUCCGAUAUGAAACAUUGGCCAUUUACGGUCGUUGAUAAAGACGGGUCACCGCGGAUCCAGGUUGAGUAUCAAGGCGAACAAAAGAAUUUCACACCGCAGGAAAUUUCUUCGAUGGUGCUUUUAAGGAUGAAGGAAAUUGCAGAAGGAAAACUUGACAAAAAAGUCAAAAAGGCAGUUAUUACUGUUCCAGCCUACUUUAAUGAUUCACAACGUCUUGCCACUAAAGAUGCUGGAUCUAUUGCAGGUCUCGAAGUUUUACGCAUAAUUAAUGAACCUACUGCCGCGGCCAUUGCUUACGGUCUAGACUCGAAAGAAUCGCGAGAAAAAAAUGUACUCAUUUUUGACUUGGGAGGCGGCACAUUUGAUGUCUCAUUACUGAAAAUCACUGGAGGGGUAUUCGAGGUGAAAGCGACUGCUGGUGACACGCAUUUAGGCGGCGAAGAUUUCGACAAUAAUCUUCUUGAGCACUUUAAAAUGGAGUUCAAGAAAAAGCAUAAAAAGGAUUUAUCGGAUGAUGCGCGUGCCAUACGUCGUUUAAGAACAUCAUGUGAGAGGGCAAAAAGAACAUUAUCUUCGUUGACACAAACCAGCAUAGAAAUCGAUUCAUUAUAUGACGGCAUCGAUUUCCAAGCGAAUAUUACACGUGCCAAAUUCGAAGAAUUAAAUUCUUCACAUUUCAAUUCUACUUUGGAACCUGUACGAAAAGUUUUAAAAGACGCCAGGAUGGAAAAGAAAGACAUCAAUGAGAUUGUACUUGUUGGUGGAUCCACGAGAAUUCCAAAAAUUCAAUCGUUGUUGCAAGAUUUAUUUGAUGGCAAAGAAUUAAAUAAAUCCAUUAAUCCCGAUGAGGCGGUUGCUUACGGAGCCGCUGUCCAAGCAGCAGUGCUUACAAAUCAAGCUGGUAAUGAAAAAACACAAGAUUUACUAUUACUUGAUGUGGUGCCACUUAGUCUAGGAGUGGAGACGCAAGGUGGAGUGAUGGCCGUUGUAGUCCCACGUAAUACUUCAAUUCCCACUAUCAAGAAAAAAGUCUUUACAACCGCAGAGGAUGGUCAGACAAUUGUGGAGUUCCCGGUUUACGAGGGUGAGCGUCCAAUGUGCAAAGAUAAUAAUCUUCUAGGAUCAUUCGAACUUUCUGGUAUUCCACCAAUGCCACGUGGUGAAGCAGAACUCGAAUGUACAUUUGAUCUUAACGCCGACGGUAUUCUAAAAGUCACAGCAAAAGAUCGAGCAACUGGACGAAAAGCAAAUAUUACAAUCUCGAAUUCCGCAGGUCGGUUAUCUGCACAAGAUAUUGAACGUAUGGUUGCCGAAUCAGAGCGAUACAAGGAAGAUGACAAGAAAAGUCAAGAACGUGUCGAGGCUAAACAAGAACUUGAAAAUUACGUGUAUCAG